GAACUGAUUGUCGCGAGCUUGACGCAACUUCUUCCUGAGAUGCAAGCGUUUUCAAUAUGGCGACUCACAUGUCAAGAUUUCGAGCUUGGGGACGACUGCAGAGGUUCGGCUUAGCCGCAUGCCGACGAUACAGCAGUGGCAGUAGCAGUGGUUAUCCCAAUGUCUCGCUGUCCGCCCCCUUACCCGGGAUCCCAAAGCCAUUAUUCGCCGCCGUGGAUGGAGGACAGGAACAGUAUGAAACACGGAUCACCACGCUGGACAACGGCCUGAAAGUAGCAUCACAGAAUAAAUUUGGACAGUUUUGCACAGUCGGAAUUUUAGUAAACUGCGGGUCCAGACAUGAAGUCAAAUACCCCAGUGGAAUCUCGCAUUUCUUGGAAAAGCUUGCCUUUUCAUCUACAGCACAGUAUGGCAGUAAAGAUGAAAUUCUAUUGACCUUGGAAAAGCAUGGCGGCAUCUGUGACUGUCAAACGUCAAGGGACACCACCAUGUAUGCUGUAUCCGCUGAGGUCAAGGGCCUGGAUACUGUUGUCAGCCUUCUGGCAGAUGCUGUUCUGCAGCCACGACUGCUUGAUGAUGAAAUUGAGAUGACGAGGAUGGCGGUGCGUUUUGAGCUUGAGGAUUUAAACAUGAGACCAGACCCUGAACCUCUGCUGACAGAAAUGAUCCAUGCAGCUGCGUAUCGUGGGAACACAGUGGGCCUGCCGCGUUUCUGCCCCGUGGAGAAUGUGGAGAAGAUCGACCGAGCGCUGCUGCACUCCUACCUGCGGAGCCACUACUGUCCGGAGCGCAUGGUGCUGGCGGGGGUGGGCAUCGAACACGAGCAGCUGGUGGAGUGUGCCAGGCGCUACCUGUUGGACAUGAAGCCUGUCUGGGGCGCCGGCACCUCGGGCAACGUAGACCUGUCCGUGGCACAGUACACUGGGGGCAUCAUCAAGAUGGAGAAAGACAUGUCGGAUGUCAGCCUUGGUCCCACUCCUAUUCCUGAACUUACACACAUCAUGAUUGGCUUGGAGAGUUGCUCAUUCUUGGAAGACGACUUCAUUCCCUUUGCGGUACUGAACAUGAUGAUGGGGGGUGGAGGCUCCUUCUCUGCAGGGGGUCCAGGGAAGGGCAUGUUCACUCGCCUCUACCUGAACGUGCUCAACAGGCAUCACUGGAUGUACAACGCUACUUCUUACCAUCACAGCUAUGAGGACAGUGGACUCCUGUGUAUCCAUGCCAGUGCAGACCCCAGACAGGUGCGAGAGAUGGUGGAGAUCAUCACGAGAGAGUUCAUUCAGAUGGCUGGGACGGCUGGAGAGAUGGAGCUGGAGAGGGCGAAGACACAGUUGAAAUCGAUGCUGAUGAUGAACCUGGAAUCACGGCCCGUCAUCUUUGAAGAUGUUGGGCGGCAAGUUUUAGCCACAGGAAAGAGGAAACUGCCACACGAGCUGUGUCAGCUUAUCAAUAAUGUUACGGCAAACGAUAUCAAGAGAGUGACAGCAAAGAUGCUCCGUGGGAAGCCGGCAGUGGCUGCGCUGGGAGACCUGACAGAGCUGCCAUCUUACGAACACAUCCAGGCCGCGCUCUCCAGCAAAGACGGACGCCUGCCCAGAAUGUAUCGGCUAUUCCGAUAAGACUGUUGCACAUAUUAAUCUCUCGCGCUCGCGAGAUACACAGACUGGACACUUGCAAAACUUUGCUCUUACUGUACGAGCCAACUGAUUCCUGUUGUCUGUCACAGUUGAUGUGAUAAAAAUCUAUAUUCAUGUUUUCAGAAAACA